CCUCCAUGCAGUUAUGGCCGGUGUCGGCAGCUUCAAAAAGGUCACGUUUAUUAUAAUCUAAUUAGUUUAAAAUAUGCGUGGGCAAACACCUAUGAAGUUUUAGAAAAUGACAAGCACAAUUCAAUUUAGUGCGCAUCAUACAUUCAAGAGGGCAUGAGCCAUAACACUUUCAAAUGUAUUUCAGCGCAAUUUCACACAAUUAGAGUAUUUAGUUAUUGCGCUUGUUAGGGAUUCUAUAUUCCAGGUACUGUACGUGAUAUCUAUGGUAUUCUGCUAAUGGAAUAGUUAUAAAAAAUUGGCUAAAUAACCCCGAAUGUGUCGUAAUUCAAUAACAAUUUAAUUUCAUGCAGUACUUCAGUCAAAAAUUUGUUCACUUGUGUGUUUGUGCUCUGCAGGUUUGUCUUGGACAAACACUUCUGGAUUAUUGAUGAUGUAGCAUAAUUGUUCAGCUUUGUGUAAAAAUGUCUAUUCUUUCUUUUAGGGGCGAAUUGUAACACUCGGUUGUAAUACUAAAUCAAAUAAUAGAAAAUGUCUAGCCAAGACAAUGGGACGAGAACGAUAAAUCAGUCGGUAAUUGAAAUUCCAGCACCAGUACGAUUGGAUAUUCCAGGUGAAACACAAAAGAAAAAUGAAUGUUUAUCAAGCAAAUCUCGUCGGUCUGACUGGUUUGGAAACAGCUUUGGUCCUCUGGCAGAAUAUGGAAAGCUGAAAAAGACGCAAUUCAUUAUGGGAGCGCGCAAUUUGGAGGUAUGACGUACACAGGACUAAAUAAUGCAGAUAUUCGGAGCAAUUGGUAUACUUAUACACUUCUGCAGAUUUUUUGUUUCACUAUUAAAUCUUUUAUAAUAUAUGUCUCCUGCAUGCAGUCUGCUUGAUAUAUGUUUCGCUUCAUUUGCUUGAAGUAUUUCCUGUAUCUUCCUGUAGUUAAGACAGUACGGUAAAACCUAUAAACUGCUAGUACAGAAUGGAAGGCAAAAUAGGGAAAAGAGGAGGGGUGAGAAGAGAGGAGAGAGGGAAAGAGGCCCCGAAAAUUUGCUUAACACUCUGAUCCAUUAUGACAGCCAUGCUGCGCUGACGCAUAUAUGUUGUGCAGUCUGGUUGAUCAGAUUUGUAUAUCAUAAAAACGCCUGACUACUUUAACUUAAAACAGCAGAAGAUUCAAUCUAACAAAUUGCCAAGUUAGUCAGUUGUUAUCGGGGAGAAUCUUGAGUUAAUGCAUUGCCAGUUUUAUACACUUAUUAUAUAAUGCUAUUUAUACUUCUCUUGAAUAAUCUCUAUAUACAGUAUACAUAUGUAGGUCUCUUUGAAAUUAAAGUUACCUGUUUCUCUGAAUAGGGGUUUCCUGAACAUCUAUUCGAUAUUUUUGACGUUGAACAACAUGGUUAUAUCAGCAUACAGGAACUUGUUGGUGGCUUGCGGCUCCUUUGGCAGUAAGUACUAAAUAUUCCUGACUUUUUAUUUCACUGAUUUAUUGAUAGCAGAUAAUAUAAAUAUUUCACUCGUAGUUUGAUGAUAUCAUCAUUCCGGGAUCGCAUAUAAAUAUUAGCUCACUUUGUAAAUACCGUAUAGGUCUAAUAAUGAUAUUGAAAUAGAAUCAAAAUACUACCAUAUAGCGUGUUCGUUUCUCGUUAUUAUUUCGUAUAAUUGUCUACUGGAAAUGGACUCUGCAUGUCUAUAUUUGUGAUGUGCCCUUUUCCAUAUUUAUCCUAAAUUACCCCUCCUCAUAGACUACGAGCGGUCACUUCUUUCCACGGGUUUAGCUUCCCGGGCGUGCGAGGGGAAAGGAGGGACUGCCGACAAUACAUCAAGAAACGAAAUACGCUCACUUUUCGCACUUGUCAAGUUGGCUCCGCCUUCGCAUGCACAUUACCUAUAACCAAUUAACUCUAUCCAAUAGGAACCGUUAAUGUCAUGUUUAUUUCAAAAAUCAACAUUCAGUAUGGAAAUUAUUUAUAGCAUAAUGAUACUACAUAUCAGAUUCUAUUGACAGGCGCAUCGUUUUCGACCAAUGGGAAUUUUGCGUUGUGUGGGCAACGCGUAUUUCGUUUCUUGAUGUGUUGUCGACAGUCCUUUCUCCCGAGGGACUGUUUGCAUGCGGACUAAUUUUUCAAGGCAUCGGUGUAUAUAUAUAGAGCAUUUAAUUCCAUGACGAACUUAUACAUAUCAUAACUGAAAUAGUUUUGAAAAGUAUGUCAUGCAUGCUGUGAUUAUUCAAUUCAUAAAUUCGUGACGUGGUAGAAUAUCGCAUUGUCGCCUUCCUACUAAUAAUCUGUAAAACACAUUUAUAUUAAAACUCUUCUUCCAUUACGCUAGACGCAAUGGAAAGAAAAAGGAUAAUAAAAUCUGUCGCUGGUUUACCGAAUAUUUCGAAAACGUCUGUGGAAAAAAUAGUGAUAUUCACCUUGCUGAAUUUAAAUCGGCACUUGAUGAUGAAACGGUAGGUAACGUUUACCUGAACUUUGCGUGUAUUGAUGAUUUUAUUUAAGAAAUAGAAAACGAGUCGCGUGCGUUUAUGGUGUGAUAAUGCACGCGGGGAAUGUUGGGAGAAUACGAGAGAAGCGUGUAAAACACGAGACGUAGCCGAGUGUUUUAAGCGCUUCUCGAGUAUUCUCCCAACAUUCCCCGAGUGCAAUAUCGCACUAUAUACGCACGGGAUGAGUUUUUCUAUUUCUUUUAUAAUAUAAGUAGAAGAUAUUACAUAGUAAACAAUUUUACUCCAAAGAUCGACGUUGAAAUUCUCCUAACAUGUGCUCAGUGACUCACGCGCAUGCUUUUACUGUCGUUUGAAUUUUUAAGCAGCGAAGGAGCGAAUUUGUCAAAACAACACAAACUUUUGAUGCUUUAAAGCUGGAAAAAUUGUUUGAAAUGCUGGAAAUAAAAACAGUGAUACACAGACUAAUUUGCCAAAGUUUUUCAGCAUCUGGGCUGCUGCAUUUGCCAUGAAAGACGUUAAAUCGUAGGUUUCGUCGUGUUGCUCAGUUUUCGACAUUAUAGUAUUUUUUGUCUUUCGCCGAAAAUAUAUCUAGCAGUUGUUAUCAGAAGAAUUGAAGGUACUUUCUAAAUCACUUAUGUUCAGUUUUUGUUGCCUUCUUCCAUGUUUUUGGUAUUCCUGUAUCUUUUUCAAGUUUUCUCUCGGCUCUUUUGCACGCUUUUGCCCAAAACCUGUCGAGACAACAACAAAUUAGAUGAAUGCCAAGCCGGUUAAUUUUACACGUAGAACGAAAGUAUAGAAAAAUUCCUUUGGUCUAUUCCUUCUUGCUUUCUGAUAAAUUUUGUAUUUAUGUUUAUAUUUCCGGCUAAAAAGCAGUGAUGAACCGUGUGUGUGGGGCAGAGAAAAAGCAAAACAGUGCCACAGAUCACAGUGCAUUAUUGCAUCCUCAUGCACGCGCAUUAGCCAAUCAAAUUGUUUGUUAUAUCACACUUAUACUAUAAUUUAAAAUAUUAUUCAUUUGAUUUUUGUUGAUCGAGAGGAAGAUGGGAGUGGAAGCAGACGCAUGUUUAGGUACCCUUGUGACAAAUACUAGCAGGCAAAGAAGUAGCGGAUACUAGAAAAACUGCAAACAUGCUUUCAGAAUUUCCAUCUACCUUGCACACAAAUCUGUCGGUAAAUUUGGCAAAAAUGCGUGCUAAAGUAUCGAUAAAUGCAUACAAAUUUCUAAAAAAAUGUCGUAAGGCAAAAUAAAGAAAGGUACACUAAAGGGAAUAUAUUUUGUAAUUUAAAAAGCGAAUUAAACGUGCGAAAAAUGAUUGUUUUUUUGAGCAACAUUUUUUAUAUACAAAUGAUGAUUGAACAGUUGAAUAAUUUGAUAUGCAUAUCUUACUUCGUCCAAAUACAGCUUCAUGCAUAUUUCAACUGCAUUUUAACGCGAAGCAGAACGUUUCACAUGGAUGCGUAUGUGGAAACUCCGAAUUAUUUUAUUAGGCAGGUUUAGAUUUUAGAACAAUUAAGUAGGAGUUCAAGUUUGGAGAAGUGGACUAGGGCCAACUUGAACUCGUUCUCAUCAGCUGAGGUUUGUUUAGAUGUCAGCCAAUGAAACGAGUUCGAAGUACAAAACAAAUUGGCGGAUAUAGAUGCACUUGAUGGCGCCUCAUUAUUUUUGUAUUUAGAAGACCUAGUAGAAGAAGAUUUAUUUCAUCUGCUUGUAAAGGAAUGUGAAGAAACAACGCCCAUGUUGCCUUACUGAAAAAACUAUCGAUUUUCAUAUUAACUUUCAAAAACUGAAUAAUCGCGCCGCGUUGUCGAAUAGCGUCCGCUGUUUUGGCCUUUAUGAUUCGAUCGUCCCUAUGAUUCGAUAACGUACAUUUAUAUACAUUUAUACAUAUUUGAUAUAUACAUUUAGUAUAGAUUAAUCAAAUUUAUAUACAGCUAAUUCAAUUAAGGUGGCUCAAUGCAGUUUUUAAAAAAAUGGAAAAUUCACGAUUUAGAUGAGUAUUUUUGGACAAUUAUUACUUGUUAUUUAACAAAAGGUACCUUACUUAUAUGAAACAACAUCUAAAAAGUUUGAGUUUUUGCACCAAAGUUACGCAACUGCCGUUGCUAUGGCAACAAUGACUUUUCAACAUGGCGGAUAUUUUGGCUUUAAUGUAAUUUAACUCGUAAACGACAUCGGUGGUUUUUUAACUCGUAAACGACAUCGGUGGAUGAUUUCUCUUAGUAUAAUCAAUUAUUUUGACAAUUAAAAAAAAAUUCAGUCAAAAGUUUUAAGAUUACGUACAGGUGAUUAUUCAUAGUAAUUUUUUUUUACCUUCACAGAAUUUUUUUUUAAAUUAUCAAAAUAAUUGAUUAUACUAAGAGAAUUCAUUUUCUAAAAUAAAAUUUGGGGGUCACCGAUGUCGUUUACGAGUUAAAUUUCUUUAAAGCCAAAAUAUCCGCCAUCUUGAAACGUCAUUGUUGCCAUAGCCACGGGAGUUGCAUAAUUUUUGUGCAAAAAUUCUAACUUUUUAGAUGUUGUUUUAUAUAAGUAUGUUACUUUUUGUUUAUCAACAAGUAAUAAUUGUCCAAAAAUACGCAUCUAAAUCGUGAAUUUUCCAUUUUUUUAAAAACCGUAUUUUUUUAAACGGUUUAAAUCAAAUAAUCUCGCAGGCCGGAGACUGAAUUUCAUGAUUUUUACAAUAAUUAUAUUAAAAUAUAUAUAUUACUUUAUAAUUAGAUCUUACUGAGGAUAAAAAUGCUGAGGUAAAAAUAUUAUCAACGUAGAAUAAAAAACUAUAAUUAGACUAUAGUUCUAAGAGACUUGAUUUAAUGUAAGUGUUUUUAAAUCUAUUUGUAUUACACCUUCGAAUAUUAAAAAAGUUUGGAUUUCUUAAGUUGUAAGUAUUUGAAUGCUUUGUAGGUAAGAGAUGGUGAAUUUUAUGACGUUUGUCAUUCACUAUUGAUUUGAAGACUUUAAUACAUAAUCCUUUCCUUCUUGUCUUCAAAGUUUCCAUAUCCAAUUCUUCAAUGGCUUCUGAAGACGACAAGUCCGGGCAUAUGAUGCGCAAUGCUCUCUUCUGAAUCCGCUCUAUUUAGUCUGAAAGAUAUUCCGGGAGACCGUAAUGAAAUACUUGACAUGCAUAUUCAAGGAUAGAUCUUAUAGAAGCAAUGUAGAAAUAUUUUAAAUCAUUAUCACUAAGACCCGAUCUCUUUCGUUGUUUCAUCAGAUACAGACGCUUUGCUGCUUUAGUUCUUAUCUUAUCCCCAUGGGCAUUCCACUUCAUGUCUUGAGUGAUCAAACCGCUCUACGUUAAUUCCCGUUUAUCUUUAUCGGCGGGAAAACAGGUUCAUUCAGAGGCGCCGGAAUAUCGAUAAUUGGGGAGGGGGGCAGAUAUUCAUAUAUUCGUGUUCACAGACUGAAAAAACAAUCGAUUUCAAAAGAAAUUAAUUGGGCAAAACACAAAUAUAUGAAUAUCUGCCCCCCUCCCCCUAAUUAUCGAUAUUCUGGCGCCUCUGGGUUCAUUACUUUGAAAGUUAAUCACAAUUUCCUUACAUUAUGUCGGGUUGAGUUCAAAUUUAUUGUAAGUGGGCCAAUUCACGAUACCAUUAGUAACAUCUUGCAGGGAACUUGUACAUUCUUGAUUAAAUAUAUAUUCAGAAACAUUGGAGUCGUCUGCGUAUGUAAAACAUCUCACCGUAUUGAGCCACCUUAAGGGUUUACUUUGAAGCUUUACUUUGAAACUUUACUUUGAAGCUUUAUUUUGCCAAAUUUUCCACUUUGUUGACGUAUACAUGCAGUCGUACAAAAUUUGAUCUUUGCCGAUUCUCCUAUAUAAAAAGUGCACUUGUUCACGAGCUAGAAUAUACUAGCUUUUGAACAAGUGUACGUGUCAGUAGAAACUGGCAAAGUUGCUUGCACAGACGGGUAAAUAACACUUGUCAUUGGAAAACUUGUUAUAGAAAACUCGCUCCAUGAUCUCAUGUAACUGGCUUCAGUUAGCAAAAUAUAACCACCAUCGGUAGUGUAGUCCUGCAAUACUAACAAUGGCGUGGGGGUCUCCAAAAGUGUCCUGAAUUGGCUGGGGGGGGGGGUUACAAUAUGGUAUUUUGGGGAUUCUAAAUUUUGUUGGUGUUUUUCUAGUAUAUUCAAAAUUAUUCUUAUUAAAAACAAUUGCCGUUAGUAAUAUAAAAUAUUCUGAGCCUCUCAAAAGGGUAUGAAAUUCAAAGUUUAUGUGGCCGGUGAUGUGAAAUUCAAAGUUUAUGUGGCCGGUGAUGUACAGUGCGUACCUUCAAGCGAAAACUACAUUCAGUGCACUGCAUGUAUGAUUGGUUAGCGAAAAAAAUACCGUGAAAAAAUAGGACGCCGUGAACUUCCCUCCCUCCAAACAAUUUCGCCCAGUGGAAAAGCGGGGUUCAGAAAUAUGUAAAUUUCUGGCUGGGACUGGGACUUUGAUUCCAGGUCUAAAUUUUCAAUAUUUCUAACAGCCUAAUAUUUAUAAGCUGUAACAUAUAUUUUCAAAUAUCUUCGGGAAAGCUCAUUUAAUAUCAAUUGUACAUAAAAUUAACAAAACUGAAAAGACUCAGAGACAAUUUGCUACAGCGCAUGAACAACGCGAUUAAGUAAAGAUUGUAGAAAUCAUUAUCGUGUUAAAUGAUGACUGAAAAUGAAAUGCAAUUAUAAAUUCUUGUUUCCUGUUAAGAUUAUGCAACGUGAAAAAAAAUAUACUGGCGGGGGGAGGUGGGAGAGAACAACCUUAAUAAGCUGUUUAUAAUAAUUAGCUAACAUAUAGAAAACAGCAUAGGGAAAAGCACUUGAAAUGAAAAGACAGUGUGCUACAUCAUUUCAUGCAGUAUGCAUUCAUAGUAUCCUUGAAAAUUUGAAACACUCCCAUGCUGUGGAAUUUUUUAAAAAUAUCACUUAAAAGUUUGGAAAUUCAAUUUCCACUUCCGUGUAGAAAAAUGGUUGGAAUUUUGUAACAAAACCAGAAACACAAGCAAAGUGCGGAAAUGGUUCGAAUAUUCCAAAUGUCAAUAUUAUUUAUAUCCACGUUUCGUAUUUUUACAGUUCACUCAAAACGUGUUUGACCUAUUCGAUAGCGAUCAAGAUGGUGAAAUUGAUAUCGGCGACCUUACGAGCAGUUUGGACCUACUUGAACGGUAAACAAUUUUCUUUCCUUUCCAAAAAAGCAAUAACUUUGUUAGUUCUGCCAAUUUCCUGUUCACAUUGGUUUGUGCUUUAUUUAGUUUUUUGAUCAGUUAAUUUAUUAGCACAGUAAUGUGUUUUACGAUUCUCCAAUAAAUCAUGGAAUCUGGAAUACUUGGGAACAUAGCCUACAGAUUGUCAAAAAUUCCAGUGGCAUUGAUUUCCAACAGCGAUUUUUUAGCCAGUUUUCAUUAUUGAGGAAAAUUUUAUUGCAUUCAAGAGAGCAUAAUGUGCUUUGUGAUUUUGAGCAUUAAGAGAGUAUUUUCCUACUUCUGUAUAAUUAUGUUUUAAUUUUUGUACUGUGCUGUGUUUCUGUAUGUAGAUCAUCAACGGAUACAAAGUGGUUCUUGUGGAUUGAAGAAAGGUUCAAUAUAUCUGUGGCUGAAGACCUUAAAAUAACCUUUCAUCAUUUCAAGAAAGCAUUGCAUCUGGACAAGGUCGGUACACUUCUUUCUUUGUAAAAAUGAUAUGUCAUUGCAAAUAGUAUGCAAGUUUUCAAGACAUGAAAUCGAAAUGUAAAUGUUACAAUGCAAUGAAUUUAACUAAAAAAAAUAAGUGCAAAAUAGUGCAUAUAAUGUGACGCAUGCGCAACAUAAUUAUGGAAUCAAAUUUCUCAAUGAUCAAAUUCGCUCAUCGGUUGAGCAAAGUGAACCUUUAAUAAAACAUUUAAAUAAACAAAAUUGAGUAUACUAGAAAUUAGAUUUGAUCAUAAGUUUCGGCCGCCAACUUUACUCACGUCUUUGGUCGAAAUGCUCAUGGCUCUUCGCAGUGUAUAAAUCCUCCAUGGCCACUCAUUCUAAACAAACCUACAUAAAUAACAUACCUCUGGAUGUACGUAUUUUUUGUACAGUGGCGUAGCAAACUCGAUAAUUGGGGGGGGGGGGCAACAUUCAUGCAUAUAUUUGUGUUCACAGACUUUAAAAACAAUUGAUUUCAAAAGAAAUUAAUGAUGCAGAGCACAAUUAUAUGAAUAUUCCCCCCCCCCCAAAUUAUCGAGUUUGCUACGCCACUGUUUUUGUACCUGUUCGCAUUACCGUUCACAUGUAUUCCUCUCUCUUGUUCAGACAUUCUUCGCUGAAAGAUUUUUCACACUUUUUGAUGAUAAUGGGGAUGGAAUGAUUGACAUGAAAGAACUCAUCGCAGGCUUGGAGCUCUUUACCAAUGGAACUGUGGCUGAUAAACUAACAUUCCUGUUCAGAGUUUAUGAUAUAGAUGGUAUGUUGACAACGACAGUUUCUCGUAAACUAGAUCAUGCGAACAGACAUGCAAUCCAAUCUUUUCCUAUCGGAUUUGAAAUUGUGCUUCUCUAAAAUAUCUGCACAUGACGGACAUUGGAAUUGAAUAUAGCAGCUCACCGAGUGACACAGGAUUGAUCUUUAUAGCAUCUGACAUUUUUUGGAACGAAAAUUUUAAAUCAUUUUUUAAUUAACCAGGAGAAUUUGCGAAAAAUGCAACUAUAUAGACCGUAUGGUAGGAAUCGAACCUAUAACUCGGCGAUUCCUGCAUGGCUGAGUUGUUUGACUUAAAUAUCGAAACAUUAUGAUACUAUAGUACUAUACCUUUCCAAGGAAGCUUUAACACGCCAAUAUUAGCUGUUUGUGGCUGCCCAUCUUUUUAACUUGUCUUAUUUUAUUGAAAAGGAAAUGGUUAUUUGAGCGAAGACGAAAUGAGAACUGUUUUAAAAUCUUGUAUGGAAGAAAGCAAACUAAAAUUAGACGAUCAGCAAGUCGAUGAGCUCAUGGAAGUUCUCUUCGAAGAAAUUGAAACAAACCACAAAGGGGAAAUUGGCUUGGACCAAUUCAAAGCUUUUCUGUCAAAACAUCCAGGAGUCACCGAACAUUUGUCAAUAAGGUACCAAAAUUGUGAACGUUAUUAAGAUUUUAUAAAUGUAUGCUUGCACUAUUGUAUCUACUUUUUAAAUUAAGGUAAUAUUGCAGUGGCGUACUGGCAGGGGGGCCGGGGGGCCACGACCCCUCCCCCCCAGCUGGCAAUUCUUGGGGGCGCAGAAAUGAAAACGGGGCGCCGAUUCCGCUGAAUUUUGAAUGUGGGUGGGGAAAAACGCAUUUGAAAAAAUAUAGUUACUUCCACCAAGAAAAAAUGUGUUUAUAGGCUUAUAAACAGAUUGAGCGCAUAGGCGACAAAGUGAUGUAUUAAAUUACAGACUAUUUUGUCUAACCAGCCAGUAUUGCUACCUCACACGAGAUCGUUCAUAUAGAAACAUCAUCGGUGAUCACACGCAAUGUCGCAUUGAUAUUUAUGAUAAUGUAAAGUUGUGCACGCAAUUUAGUUGUUUGCGCAAGAAAAAUCAUGACUCAUUGAGUAAUGUCAUUAAUAAGAUAAUGCUGAAACGCCUGCCUUUUGGCAGCCAGGCAAGGAAACCUUAAAAUGCAUGGUGUACUUCUGACAUCGACUCGCAUCGAUGUGAAGAUGAACUGCUCAGCUUUGCAGAAUCUUUUCAAAAAUUGAAGUGUUCAGUGAUUUUGGUUGAAGACAAAGAAGAAGAGAAAGAUUCUGAUAAACCAUCAUUUCUAGAAGCUCUGAGAAUUUUGUUGAAUCCUGAUUACCACCUAGUUGAUGCGUUUCCAACUCUUUGUAAAGUUUACGCGAUCGCAGUUGCAAUUCCAAUCAAACGUAUGUAUCAAGAAAAACUUGAAGCGUUGCUACUUAUGACCACUGAACGGAAGAUUUUAAUGUCUUUGGAAAAGGAGCAGAUUAUUACCGCCUUGGAGGUCUGACAUCAGAGUUGUCGAAGGCGCUUAUAUGAAAAUGUUUGGAAAGGCUAGAAAUCGACAAUCGUUAUUGAAACAUUAAAGACAUUGGAGAACAUCGAUCGAUCGAUAUGGGCAAUAUUUGACGUUAUCAACAGUCGAUCAGUACAACACGUGAUAUAUAGUACUAACUAUCAAGUGAUAUACUGUAUAGUAUUAACUCUGUUUGCAUGUUUUGACAAAAAUAUGACAGAUUCGUAUCAAUAAAAUGCAAGCACACUUUUUAGUAAAAUAUUAUUAGUGAGAUCGGCGUUUAAUAUAAAUCAAAAUAUUUUAUACAAAUAUACUCAACGAAUGACUUUAUUCCUCCAUAAUUAAUCUAACAUAAAGAUAUAUAGUAAAACUGAUACCGUACUAAUUUAAGUACUACUACAAAAUUCUAACCAAAUUCCAACAUGUUAUAAUCUCGUUUCCUGACCAUCAGAUUUCUGUCAAAUCUUCCCCCAAAGUCUAGGAAAUGGCAUUUCAGGGACUCUAAAUUUAAGAAUUAUCCGGUGGGGCAUGCCCCCGAACCCCCAAGGAACACCUCGCACCUGCGGCGCUCGGCUCGUGCCUUCGGCCCUCGCUUAUCAAGCAUUACAUUAUAGGCGCGUAUAUUGGUUGAUAGCUCACUGGCCACCCCAGAAAAAUAGUACCUGCAGCACGCAACUUAAUAUUGACUUGUUAGGUCUUGAAAGUACCCUAGCCCAAAUUUUUUGGUAAGCUAAAUGGUUAAAUAUCCAGGUUAUUGCUGUGCUCAAACGAAGUUUGGUAUCGCUUUAUAUCCGUUGCGUGAAUUUGUUACUCUAUUAGUUAAUUUAGUUUGUAAGUCUUUUAGUUUAUUCAGAAUCAGAAUUACAUUAAAAAAUACUACGCUUAUACACGCUUGCAGUGGUCUUGUUUUGCGCUUGCUCCAGGGCACCGUAAUGCAGUAUCUUGUCUGCUUCUAUUUACAUUUGUAUACCGUUUACCAACUAGCAUAUACCCAGUUGAUUAAAGCAGGAUGUUUUCGAAAAAAACCCAUAAACUUGGUUAGACUUCAAAGAUAAAAUAUAAAACAAUCAGGGAUUAUUACCAGGAAAACUGUAUCAGUUACCAAGAAAAUUAACCUAACCCAAAUUGACAAUCCCAAGUAGUAUUCAUAUAUAUAAUUUGCGUUUUUUUAUCAUUUCACUAAUUACGUUCUUAAAAACAGAUCCUUAUAGUAUUGUAGCAACUGCAUGUUUAAUAUUCAUUGUUAUACGAUCACAUGAUAUGUAAUUAAAAUUCCAAUUUUUCUACCGUGCAAUAGUACUUUUCAUUCGUGUAUAUAGUACAUUUCACUUUGUGUUUGUGUUUUCGACCUCGGCCUAUAGCCUUCGGCAGAUAACCGAAAUGUCAGCUUGGUAAUUUUCGGUUCAACCUCAUGAGGUUGCGAGCAGGCUGAAGGGCUGUUUACAUGAGUCGGGUUUGCGUAGCUUCUUGUAUCUCUUCCCAUUAGACCAGAUUUAAUCAUCUGGUAUUUAUCACUUUCAGUAUCAGCUGUUUCUCUAUGCUAUGGUAAAAAAACAACACUUGUUUUUAUAUUAGCGAAACUUUUCUACGUUUUGAACUGAUUUUAACAACAAAUACAAAUUUAAUAAAGGUUAAUUAAUAUAAUGACAUGAUAUUUUGUUUAGCUUUCGCCGCGUUGCAAUACUUUCUAUUCAGCAAUUUUAUCACCUGCAAACAAAAAACUUUUUCCAACAGUAAAAAAAAUUAACUUGCAUGAUCUUAACAAGCACUUUCUCGUCAGCAACCCGCUCCACAAACUCUUCAACUGAGGGAACACAAAAGUCAGUUACACCUAUGUGAGGAAUAUGGCUUUCGUUAUAAGAAUUGACAACCAUUUCCCCGUCAACAAACCUUUCAACCGAGGAAAUACGAAAGUCACAGCUGCACGGGGAAUAUGACUAAUGCGGUAAGCCGACAUGCAUAACUCGAAAGUACAAAUCUACUGAUGAGUACCAAGGUAACGCAUGCAACUGUCGGAUAAAUCGAAUUACACCGUAUAGAUGGCAAAUGUUUAACUUAACGAACAACAUCAUUUAUGAGGAAACGGUCACGCCCGAAAGCCAAGUCAUGAAAGAAUACAUCGGUACAACGGAACAUGCAUUUAAACCCAGAUACAGCAACCACAAUUAAUUAAGCAGUCUUUCAAUUACAAAAGGUAUUCAACGUCAACAGCCUUCCACGCUUGUAGUAUUCAGAAAUUUUCCUCCCGGUACAACAAACAGCAUGCAGGCUCAUAUUUCCAGGGGUCGACGUCCGACAAAAAAUUUAAAGCUUUGCGUUUUACACAAUUUUGUGCGGGAUGUCCGCUGACAAUAUGUGCUCGCACGAGUGAGAGAAAAAAAAGACUCGAAAUACAUUGGGAAGCUAAAAGAAUCUGAGACAAACUAUCGCGUUAAAUAGUCAAGGGUGGGUAUAGUAGUGAAGUAGUUGUAGUUCGUUACUGUAGCGAAUUACAAUUUCCAAGUAGCCAGUAGUUUAGUAGUUUUUAACUACUCUUUUAAUGGCAUGUAGUAAAAGAAGGAACACCGGAAUGGCGGAAUACCGGAAUGGCGGAAUACCGGAAUGCCGGAAUGCCGGAAUGCCGGAACAUCGUUUUAAUUUUGACGGAAAGUUAAAAGGAAGCAUUCUCAAUCCGAUCUGUAAAAGGAAUUUAAAUAUAUUUAUAAAGGCUAUAAACAUGCAAAAAUUACAGGAACCACUGAGUAUUUUAAGUAUGAAUACAAAUGCGAAAAAAGUUAUCCUCACUGGAAUGGGAUAAAGAUCUGCUCACAUACCAUCGCUGCGGCUGAAUCGAGUGGAGAUUUAUCGAAAUUUCUCGUGUGGUACAAGCAGAAAAGAAGUACCAAAGCAGCAAAUUUGUCUGCGGUUGUGCGUAUAGACAUGCCACAACAUCCCGGAAGAAAAGGCGGUGUACCUGUUACAUCAAGAAGAGCAACUCCUAAACUACCCGUUGAUGCACGACGAAAGCGCACAUACAGUAAAUCUACUGAAAGUUCGUCUAUUGUAACAGAGGUACCAAAUACAAACCCAUUCUAUGUUAAAAAGAUGAACAUUCGAAUUGAAGAAUGCCAAGGAUGCAGGGGUCCUCUGAAGUCGGCAGGGCAAGAAAUUCAGCCCCCGCCGUUUGAUUACUGUAUUGCGAGGAGGGAAAGACGACCAUACAGGAGUGACAAUGGCCAACUGAAAACUCCAUCCCGACAGUCAGAUGCACAUUAUCACCUGCGAGCAGCUUGCGUUAAAGCUGCAGAACCGUCAUUUGUAACAUCUUCUCUUGUGAUACCUGACGACAUCCAGCUAACAGAAGUUCAUGAAUGCUAUCUCGUCGAUGAGUUUGGGCUCAAUUUCGUUGCGAGAUAGAGACAUCGAAUUCAAGAUUUUGUUAUAACAUAUAUGACAUUUGGCUGACAUAUGACAAUAUAUCCUUUACAGAAUAAAAUAGGGAUUUUUACUUGUUGUUUACGUUACGUUGUGACACAACGUUGUUGUGUUAUGUUAUGUUUCAGUGACCUACUCAGUAGGCUACUCUGUAGACUUACAGUAGGCUACUGUAAUAUUGUCGGUUUCAGGUCACUUUUCAAAACGCGGUUCCAGUUUGUUGUGAAUUCGAAUAUUCCCAUUCAGCUUUUUAAAUUUGGAAUAUUGAGCGUGGAAUUACAAUUUAAGUUGCUUGCUCAAAUACCGAAGUACUGAACUGGAAUACCGACGUAGCGAUCUUAAACUCGUAAUUUGCAGUGUUUUACUUAUAUAGCCAACGAAUUAAACGUAUUUCUCAAGACUUAAUAAAUAAUUGGGAAUUACCAACAAACAAACUAGGGAACCACGCUUUGAGAGGUGAUCUGAAAUCCACAAUAACUAGUGUAUUGUUUACAUUUACUUAAUUCAAAUUCACGUCGAGACUUUAAUUUAAAUUAAUCAGCGAAUCCUGGUAGAAUAUAACUGGGAUAUUAGCCGCCGACCCCCCCCGCCUGGUACGCCCAUGUACUGUAUAUAUAUUGACAUUUUUUAUUCAUGUUUAAACGCCUUAAAUAAAAAAAUCCUUAUGGACUUGAAAUAUUUUUUUAAAUUGUCCUUCAAAAGUAAAAAUACUAUUCCGGUGUUCUGGUAUUCAGGUGUUCCGGUAUUCCGGCAUUCUGGUAUUCCGGCAUUCCGGUAUUCCGGCAUUCCGGUGUUCCUUCUUUUACUACAUGCCUCUUUUAAUACAGUAGUUGUAGUUAUAGCAAACUACUUUUUGCCUAAAAGUAGCCAAAUAGUUGACUACUUUACAAACAGCGAAUCGCUAUUCGCUACUUUUUAAAAUUGUUAUCAACUUGAAAGAAUGGAAUGAUAUUAAUACACGGUUUGCUUAAAAGAUUAUUUUAUACAGCAAAGGUUAUUUUAGCGCAAUGAAAAGUGGAACUCCUGAACACUGUAGUGCUUACAAAAAUGUUCCUUUGACCCUUUGUGUUUACUGUUGCUACUCGUAAGUCGAUUUGUUAUAGGAUAUAUUACAACCUGAGCUAGUGGAUGCUCCAAAUACCUUAAAACUAAAAAAUAUAUAGAGUAGCGAAAUAGCGAAAUAGUUCGCUACGUUUUUUAAGCAGUAGCUGUAGUCAGUAGCGAAUUACUUUUGUUCAAAAGUAGCAGUAGUUGUAGCUGACUACAUAUUUUUGAAGUAGCUGUAGUUAUAGCAAACUACAAAAAUUUUGUAGUCAACCCACUCUGGUAAAUAGUCAAUUACGGAGGAUGCUUUUAUUAUGUAGAUUAUUCUACUCACUGAGGGAGCGUUAACCGCCAAACUGUCUGAGCAUCUUGAACUUAGCCUGAAGAAUUCUUCGUGUUUUGAUUCAUUUAUUGCUCCAAAUAAACAAAUGUUUGUAAUAAAAAAUGUAGUAACAAUUAACCCAUGAACAUAUAUAGAAAAAGAAGGAUGACAUAUAGUAACUUAAAUCAGGCCAAUAUUGCACUAUAUUUUUCGACAAUGACUAUGUUAUGCAACCAGCAAAUGUUAUUCUCAGAAUAACUGAGAGUACGUAAUUAUUUACAACAUCGCGUUGUAUAAUCGACUAUAGUAUUUACAGUUGGAGUCAUCUUUUAAAAUUAUAUGCAAAUUAGGAAAUAGAUAUUAUUUUCAUUAUUCCUUGCCAUGCAUGCCAUUGCUUGCGAUUCGAAAUCUUUGCGAAAAAAGUAACCAUUUUCCGUGGAGUGUCCACAUUAAUUAUAGGUAUAUUUAUACAGUAUUUUGAACAUCGUCGUAUUAAUUGUUGUUUAAUUUAAUAAUUUAAUUUAGUGCUGCUCAUUUGUUUAAACCUCCAGUUUCUAAAAAGAACAAAGUAUCAAGUUGCAUUCCAAAACGUCUUCGAUGGGAAUAUAUCAAGAAAAACCCGUUCAAGGUGUUCUUCGUAACGCUUUACGUCUUACUAAAUGCCGCCCUAUGUAUUUGGGUUGGUGUUGAGAGACGUCACCAAGGUGGAUGGAUUAUUUUGGCUAGGAUUAAUGGCAUGUGCCUCAAUUUCAACUCCAUGUUUAUUUUGGUGGUAAUGAUGAAAGGCCUUCUCACCUGGCUGAGAUCAACAAGAUUUGGAAAAUUCUUCCCCAUCGACCAGCACAUUAUUUUUCACAAAUGUGUCGCCGCAGUCAUCCUUUUGCAAUCAGUUCUGCAUUUCAUUGGUCAUCUCGGCCGAUACAGUAAGUGUAUAACCAGAGGUGGAAAAAGUAUCGGAACCCAGAAAUUUUUUUGAGUUGAGAGUUUUGCAGAAAAUUUUCCAGAAACUAUUUCAACAUUUUGAGAUAACUCUGUUUGCUCAACCUACAAGUUCAUUGACAACUAUUCUACUUUAUUUACACUGUACAGUGUACACACUAGCAUCAGCAGCCUUUUAAAUAUUUGACAGAAAUUAAUUCUGUUACCCACCCCUGCCAUCAUAAUAGGUAAAAUGGUAAAUAUUUGCUCUGCAAAGUCUCCAAUAAAAUGCAAAUUAAAUCGUAAACAAGUCCCUAAUGCUAUUAUUAUACUGCUAUAAUACUACUGGGUGACGCAAAAAAAUUACUCCGUUUGAUUUAUUUUAACUUAAAAACAAAAAGAGCUAUUACACCUAAACUAUGUGCACUGUAUUCAGUAUUGUCGACCUUAAAUUUUGAUACACGCCCUGUGCAUUUUCGUGUAAUAUUGACCAAGAGAGCUGCGUUUAAACUUGAAUAAACAUUUUGGGAAGUGUCGAGAGUUAGCUAAAAACGACCUGUUAAACUAAUUUGAUAACCGUUACCAUUUUAUCGUAAAUAUUCGUUUCAAUGAAGUGAAGUUUAAAUUAAAAAUGCUUAUUUGAUGGAUGUGCUCUUUUAUUUUUGUUAAGGUUUUUGCGAAUGCAUGAAAACUAACUUAUGAUGCAAUUUUGAUUAAAAGAUUUAUUCUAAAUAUUCAAUGACCCUGCAUGGGAAUGAAAUUCUAAUGUUGCAAGAAAGAAACCUCGCGUGUUUUUUUUUAUAAAUGCGCCUCGUUUAACAAAGGACGAAAGAGUUUCGAUAUGUUUAGAAUAUGUAAGGGUACAUAAUGCUUGUGAGGUUAUACCGGCGGAGUUGGUCAGGUCUCUGAAAACGAACGUGUACUUUCCGACUAUAGUGUGCCUAAACACAGGUUAUAGCUGUACUAAUAUUUGAUAGACCGUUUUUGGCUAAUUCUCGACACUUUUAAAAAUGGUUACUCAAGUUUAAACACAGCUCUCUCGGUCAAUAUUGCACGAAAAUGCACAGGGCAUAUACUGAAUGCAAUGCACGUAGUUCACGUGUAAUAGCUCUUUUAGUUUUUAAGUUAAAACAAAUCAAACAGGGCAACUUUUUUUUGCGCCACACGGUACUAUAAUAAAUAAUAAUAAAUUAAAAUAAUACAGUACAUUAAAUUUAAGUAGAAUAAAUUAAUUUAAUACAGACACUCACUCAGACUAUGAUAUAUUUUAUACCUUUAAACUGUGAUAUAUAACAGACAACCAUUGCGAUGUACGAGCAUACGAAAACCAGCCUAAAGCCUACUAUUAUUAAAGUACAAAUAAUACAAUAAUUAUGCUUUUGUUUUGUCACCUCUGUAAUUGUAACAUUGCAAAUUUCACAGAAAAUUUCUAGCCUUUGACACAGGUUCCCAGAUAGAAAAAAAUGUUUUCCACCCCUGUGUAUAACAUUAAUAUUCUCCGUGUUGUUUUAAGCUUCCCGUUGUUUGCAUACAAACUCUAUACCAUUAUCGGACUACGUAAUGUUGCAAAUCUGGAAAAUGCAUUUGGACUGGAAGAGAUUUUUAACCAAGCAGGUUGUUAGGUGAAACUGACGACAGGAUCUCACUACAAGGGCUUGAAAUACCAUCCAGUUUGAAAUUUAGGAUAUAAAUCAUUACUUAAAGUAAAAUAAAUCACCAUGCAGGUGUCUAGUAUAUAAUAAUGGAGCACUGCACUUACAUCAUUGCACUGUAUUACACUGUAUUGACCAAUCAAAUUGCGCGGUGUUUCGUUGUAGUUACAUUACCAGAAAUAUGGGACAAGAUGGCGACGGACAUGCGCACUUUGACCUGAAUAUGGCGACAAAAUAUUAUUAUAACUGACUAUAUGGGAGUUGAUCAAAAUAUAAAAUUUUAAUAUACUUUGUUUAAAUAUUUCAUGGUUGCGGAGCUCGAUUAUAGUAGCGACACGAACAAGCAAUAUUUCUAAACAAAAAUCGUUAGUAUUGCACCGCGUCUAGCAAGUUCCUGAGAAUGUUGUAUUUUUACACGCAAUUCGAUGAAUUUCAUAGUGUAAUUUAUAGUAAACUUGUGACGCAAGAGGUAAAUAUCCCACGAAUAGACCAACAUCCAUUCGGACGAUGCAAAGUGCGGAGCUCGCGAUAUAUUCAAUGAUAUCCAAACUGUUAAUUUAGCUCAAUAAAUCCGCUAUAAUUUCCAAGGAAACUAGUUCCCGAAACGUUUGAAAGUUCGCAUUUUUACGGUUCUUGUAUGUCGCCAUUAGGCCAUCUUUUAAGAUGGAUAUUAAAAUAUCCGAAAACGACAAGUUUUAAUACAAAUUUGAGCUGUUUCGAGCAGCCAUGUUUGUUGUUUAUUUUGAAAGACUAGAUCCCAGGCUCUCACGUAAAAACACAGGGAUAUUUUAGGAUUUUUUAGUAUAUUUGCAAUAUUUUUAGUCUUGAUAAAAAUUUGCGGGGUUAAAGGUCAAAAUACCGGAAGUGAUCAGCAAAAUAUAGUUUAAAAUCACAGUUUUUGGUUGAAUAAUACUUUAACUGGAGAGACAAAGUAAAAUGCGAAGUCGUUUUACUUAUUAUUAGGCAAUGUUGGGCAUAUAAAAUGGACUUAGCCGCUGACUACAAAAGCGGGAGCAAAAUGUCCCAUAUUUCUGGUAAUGAUUAUAUAAUAUAUUUUCUUUUACUGUGUCGUGUCUUGCUGUGCUUCGAUGACUUACUUUGGUGGCUAUCGGUAUUAUCGGGAAAUUGAAAGGUACUUGGGGGUUAUCUGUAUCAUCGGGAAAACGUAGUUGUACUGUAGUCGAAUUCCUUCGCAGUGCCAAAUCACAAUGUAAUAAAGACUGCAUGUAUUUUUGAAGUUAGUUGCUCACUGAAGAAAUUAAAAAUAAUUUUUGACAAGUCAUGCGUAUUUAUUUUCUAGUUACAACUGAUUCACCCAAGUUCGAAGUUUGGGAGUACAUGUUCACGACGAGAACACCAGAAGGAUGGGCGAACGGAUCAGCUGGGAUCACUGGAGUAUUACUGUUGAUUAUUCUUGUUGUUAUGUUCAUCCUAUCACAACCGUCUGUCAGAAAACGAGGUUUUUUUGAAGUAAGUAAAAUGUAACAUUAAUCGAAUCUUCACAUGCGAGGGUAUACUAAUUCCGCUCGGCUAUUUACAAGCUGAUUAAAAGUUCAUCAUUAAGGACCCACAGUAAUUUGUUUUUUUUAUAACAGUUGUGGUUCUCCGCCAUUGACUUCGUCACUUGUGUAAUAUAGUAUUUGUAUUGUAUGCAUGUCAUUCGUGUAAUUUUACCUGCCCACGUUGACUAAAUAAAUAAAUAAAUAUAUGAUUCAUGGUGCCAUGGGUCAUGGUGUAUAGGUGACCUUCCUCACUUUUCUCAAAAAUAUGGCUGUUCGCCAAGAGUGGAAUAAACAAGAUUUCAAUUUUCAAAAGCAUAUCUUUGGAAAAUCCUUUCAUACAAUGAGCUUUCACGCAUUGUGCUUUGGAGAUUUAAGAAAUAUUGUGAAAUAUAGGGCAAGUAUAGUUUGAAUGUUUAGUGUUUGUAAAUUUUGUUAUUUCAUUUUUUGGCUACAACAUGCACCGCUUCCCUUUUGCAAAUUAUCAUGUUUAAUUUAGGAAAAAAAUUAAAAUACAAAGGAGGUCAAAUUGAUUUGAAGACCGAAGUCACUUUGAACUUUUAGUUUUACUGCGUUUACAGUAUAUUUCAAGAAUUCAUUGUUGUAUAGUUAAAACAAUUUUUAAUAUGCCAUUUUGUACAAAAAUAUAUAUUCAGAUGACAAAAAUUUAAAACAAUCGUGCUGCCAUGGCAACACGUGACGCACAACACGAGCCCACGUUCAGUGAUGGCCAAUUUGGAAAUACUUCUAUGUUACCAAAUCAAUGCUUGGAUAAUGAGGCGAGUAUAGUUGCUCAUGCAUGAAUGUAUUUCUUUGGUGACGGUCUGAUAAUGAUUCGGUAAUUGGAUCGAAAUAAUUAUAACCAUUUAAAUUCUCGUCUUGUUUGAUACUGUUGGUGUAAACAUGGUUUUAUUAUUCGAGUUUUUAUUAUUAAGUUUAUUCCAAAAUUUAUUUCCUAAAAUUGUCUAAUAGUUCUGCCUUUUGCACUUUAAUAUGCCAACUUAAUUGUGGUUUUCAUUUUCUAGCUUUUUUACUUUUCCCAUCAUUUAUAUAUCGUGUGGUGGGUGCUCCUUAUUCUCCACGCUCCUAACUUUUGGAAAUGGUUUAUUGGACCAGUAGGUUUAUAUAUUGCUGAGAGAAUCUUGCGUCUUAGGAUUGUUAACAGAGCUCGUUAUGGAAAGACGACUGUAGAGGAAGGCAUAACAUUACCAUCGAAGGUACGCACUAUUGACA